AUCGUCCACCACGAUGGCCACGCCAGCCAAGAAACUAGUACAUUGGGACGUCGCCAGCCCAAAUUUCUCGGAUCUUGGAUCCCCAUUAUCAAAUGCUUCAUCAGAGUCGCUAGUCCCGACGUCAACUCUGCAGUAUAUUAAUGCUCAGCUAGUGGCCCACGGAUUCGCGCCACCACAAGGUCUCUCAUUGGAUGGUAUCUCGAAUGCGAACUUGGACAGAGCUGUUAAAUGUUUGAUGGAGCUGCUGGGGCAGCGUAUGAAAGAUAUGUCACGGGCUGAAGAGUUGGCGACGGAGCUACGCACCCUCAGGUAUGACCAUGAGCGGAUCAAGUCUAUGCAUAGCAAUGCAGCGGAGAAGGCGGCCAAUUUUGAACGAGAAAUGAAUGUGCACAAGUCCAGGCUCAACGCGACGACCAAAAAUCUCCAGUCUACGGAGCAAUCUCAUCGACAGACGAUGGCCGAACUCCAGCGAGCACGUACUGCUCUUCAGGCCGUUCGGGCAACCCACCAAGCAGAACUCAAGAAGAAAGAAAAAGAGUUUGAGAGAAUGGCGGAAAAGUGGAACAAGAUAUCAGAUGCGCAGGCCAAAGUCAUGGUGGCUCCAGGUGGCUUGACAUGUUCUAACUUGCGUGUCGUGAAUGGCGGCAACGACGAGCUCAUUGGCAGAGGCCCCGGGGUGUUGGAAGUUGCACUUCAAGAGGCCGAAAAGGCGCGAUCCCAGUUGGCAACGGAAUGUUCGGGACUGAAGACCGUUAUUGUAAACUCUGUAAAUGGACUGCAACGCCUCAUAUACGAUAUGAAAGGUAACGACUCUGAACUCGAUCCAACUCCUUUCACGAUGGCAACAUUAUUCCCAUUUGUCCCGCCGGAGGUUGCAGGUGACAAACUGGCUUCUAUCCUUUUAUCCUUCCACGAGUCCCUUCGAGUCCUUGCAGUUCCCACCACCUCGGUGUUGGCCCCGGCCGAUAGCCCUGCACUAGCAGACGAAGAGCGAGAGCGACUUCAAACUGUCAUCGAUUCGCUAAAGGCCGAGCUUGAGCUUGUGCAGCAAAAUGUUUCGACCCGUACUACGACAGAGGCGCAGGCAUUGUUUGACCGAUUUUCCGCCGAUAAGCGCCUCGCAAAGGGUCAUGAUCCUGCGGACGUCAGUGUCGACUUCAUGACUGUGCCUGAGCAAGACAAGCACAGAGAGCGUUUGGAUGACAUCAAGAAACAGCUGGAGGACGAGCGUAAGAAGUUUACCGAGGCCACAGUCAACUUGGGGAAAGAACGUGUGUCUUUAGAGAUGGAAAGGAAGAAAUUUAACGAUGAGAAACGUUCCUGGCAAGUUGAGAUGAUGCUCGCAGAAUUGCCCCCGACCCCUGUUCCCAGCGGACAGUCAUCCGAGUCAGCCUCGUCACACAAGUCUCCUCGCAAGUCCCCCAAAAAGUCACCUGCUAAAGGGAACAGUGGAACGACCCGCAAGACCACGCGUGUCAAGCGUCGGUCCUCUGUAUCUGCGUCGCCGACGAAAAGGAGCGUGGAGCCUGCCUUUGAAACAGAGGUGAUCAUCCUAUCGACAACCUCAGAUGGGAAACCUCUUGAGUCCACCCCAUCAUUACUGCCCAAUUCUUUUGUCUUACCUCCUCCUACUCCCUAUUCCGUCCUCCCAUCACAACCAUCGCUGUGUUUAUCUCAACUCCCUGGGGCACCUCCGGCCUUGACAUCUUCCGCCCCUCUUGAUACCAAAGAGCCACCUGCUGCAGCCGACAUCUCACCUCCGUCAUCUGUUACUGAACCAUUAUUUGCAUCAGUGCCUUGCACACCUCGACCAGGUUUCCGCCGACCAUUUCCAAUGGCGAAGCCCUUUGCUUCACACAUGAUCCAUGCGUAUUCACCGGUGAGGCCGAGCCCACUGAGUCGUAUCUUACAGCUCGGUAGUUCGCCCACGAGUCCCAAUGGAAACUUUGAACAUUCCUCAUCACCAGGUGGGCUGGAGGCUUUGCCGGAAGAAGACGAACAGGCAUUAUUCCAAACACCGCAGGAACCUGUAAUGUCCUUGGCUCAAGAGUUGGGAGUGUCAGAGUCUCCUCCGGAGCCCGAACGACCCCAAAGUCCGCUGGGAAAUAAACAAGCACGUUUGAGCACAGUUGAUAUAGGACGUGCCAACCAGAAGGUCAACAUAUCAGUGACAAGGAAGGGUAGAAUCAUACAGCCUGAGCCGAAGAGAUUGACAGCUCAGGAUAAGGGAAAAGGUAAAGCUGACGGUGCCAGGCCAGGUGUUGGAACAAAGGGUCAACCUGGGAUGGGUGAGAAGGAAAACAAUGCGGUAAUAAGGGUUCGUGCUAGGAGGGCGCCUCCGUCAUCGAUCAAGGCUCCAGCUCCUGGCACGAAACCAACCGUUAAGCUCGCAACCAGUACAGUCGCGUCUCGGGGAAGGGUAAUUCCCAAGAUACCUAUGGCUAGUAAGAGCAUUGGCGGUCCUAGGCGGGUGCCUAUCAAUAGUGCAGAAGCUCCCCCCAUCGGCAAAAAAUAAAUGUAGUAUAGAUUUUUUUGGCUGUUUGUUGCAUUCCCAGUUGUCAUUUUGGUUCACAUUAUCUGUCUGUCGCAUUCUAUACCAUGUCUUAUGUUACUUUGCAUUCAUAGAUAACUAGUACUUCAGUAUUUCAGCAUUCCAUG